CAAGGAGUACUUGCUCGGAGCCAUAUUGCCUUAAGGGGGGGAAUCGCAGUCCGGUAAAUUGCACUGAAAAGCAUGGACUUCAUUGCUAUGAAGUGAACGCUCUUCAGCAUUUUGUGAACGCCUUAAAGAUGCAUCCGCCACCAGAUAUCUCGAGCUCAUUUUGUGAAACCUCACGUACUGGUAGUGUGAAUCUCCAUAUUCGAUGCGUGUGUGGCAAUGACCAAAUUUGUCACAUAACCGAAAUAACAUGGACUGGCCUAGACCUACAGGGUUCGCUUCAUGAAGCAUUAUCAGGACUUCCAUUGCUGCAGAAACUUGAUAUGUCCGACAAUGAUCUUCAUGGCACCAUUCCUGAUAUAUGGGGAAAGUUGCCUCAUUUGCAAUAUUUAGACCUUUCAGAUAAUCAGUUGAUUGGGCCUAUACCUCCAAGCUUAGGAAACCUGAAAAAUCUAAGUUUACUUGAUCUGUCCUCCAACCUUCUCAGUGGGACCAUACCACCACAAUUGGGCUCAAUCUCCAAUCUUUCUGUUUUAGUAUUGGGAUUAAAUCAGUUAGUUGAAUCUAUUCCUAAUGAACUGGGAAACCUGAGGAAUGUUCACUUCAUGGAUUUAAGCGAGAAUCUACUCGCUGGUCAACUCCCAGAUGGUUUUAGAAACUUGAAAAGCAUCCGGAAUUUGUGGUUGUCAGGGAACUUUCUUAAUGGCACUUUGCCGGAGAGUUAUGCCAAUCUCACAACUCUAGAGUAUUUCGAGGUAAGUGGGAACAACUUGUCUGGUCCGAUACCGGAGUACAUUGCAAAUAAUUGGGUCAAUCUCACUCAUUUGGAUCUUUUGGGAAAUGAAUUUGAAGGACCACUGCCUGCAAAAAUAUUUUCCAUGAAAACUCUAGUGUCCUUGUGGGUUAGUGACCUGAAGAAUGCGGGUUUCUCUCUCCCUGAAGAUGCAACCUUAGAUAAUAUGGGUUUGCUGAUGAUAAGGAAUAGCUCUGUUAAUGGCACCAUUCCCAGAUGGCUCGGUAGCAUGGAAGAUUUAUAUUAUUUGGACUUGAGUUUCAACAACUUAAGUGGUGUUUUGCCGAAUACUCUAAGUAACCGAAGUAUUGAGAAGAUAUUUCUUAUGCAUAAUCAGCUGAAUGGAACAAUCCCCAAAUGGAUUGAGCAUACCAUCAAGGUUAAGGGGGAUCUUUCAUAUAAUAAUUUUCUAAAUGUAACUGGUUUAUCAAAUCCAAAGACUCCACUAGGGAAAAAGAUAAAAAUUGAACCACUCAACAGGGAAUCCUUAAAGGAGAGAAUGAAAAGUAAAUGUCCUAAACCCAAGUAUAAUUCCUUGUUCAUAAAUUGUGGAGGUCCUGAAACAACUUUCCAAGGGAAACACUAUGAGGCGGAUAAUUCAACAGACAAUUUUUACACAAGUCCAAAUGGGAAUUGGGCUUACAGUUUUUCUGGGGAGUUUUCGUCAGGAACCAGAGAUUACAUAGAGAACUUAUCAUGUGCCAUCUCUGUCCCUGAGGCACAUAUAUAUGAGGAUUCUCGCAUAGCUCCUGUCUCGCUAACAUAUUAUGCCCUCUGCUUACAUAAUGGCCUCUAUAAUGUGACACUUCAUUUUGCCGAAAAUGUAUACACAAAGAGUGAAGACCAUAGCAUUUUGGGGAAACGGACAUUCGAUGUCUAUAUCCAGGGUGACAGAAAAUUGCGAGAUUACCGCCCAAAAAAGAGCCUAAAUUAUACAAAAUCACGGAAGGCAAAUUUUUCAGUUUCAGUUGAUGACAAUCUAUUGGAAAUACACCUCUUCUGGGCAGGAAAAGGAUCCAUAUAUAACCCACCUUAUCUCAAUGGACCUCUUAUAUCAGCUAUUUCUGUAAUUCCAGAAUUCAAAACCAAACAAUCUCCUUUAAAAAUAGGGGGGAUUGCAGCUGCUUCUCUAUUUGUUCUUCUAGUGAUUUUUCUCAUCAUCUGGCUAAUGGUGUGGCGGAGAGACAGAGAGUUGUCUGCAAAGCGUAUUAACAUCGAAGGCAGAUAUUUUUCCAUCAAAGAGAUCAAAAAAGCCACAAGCAAUUUUAGCCAGGAAAUGCAGAUUGGCAGUGGGGAUUCUGCUAAAGUAUACAAGGCUCAAUUGACAGAUGAAAUUGUUGUAGCAGUGAAGAAGCUAUCCCCUAGAACAAAGGAAGCCAUUCGUUUCUCCCAGGAAGAUAUUAAUACUUUAAAGUCCUUUGAACAUGAGAACGUAGUUAAAUUUUAUGGUGCAUAUUCCAAAAAAGACCUACAUUUGAUAAUCUACGAAUACAUGGAGCGCGGUUCACUCCAAGAUGUCUUGUUCGACUCAAGUUUUACUUGGAAAGAACAAUAUAUUAUUUGCCUGGGAACAGCAGAGGGUUUGAAGUAUCUACACGAGAAGACACCUUAUCAUGGAAAAGUUAAAGACAGCCAGAUUUUGCUUGCUGGAACUUCAGAUGACAGUACUUUUAAGGUCAAGAUAUCCGACUUCUGGUUGACAAACCUGUCUCGGAUGGAGGACAUAUUUAUGGUCGAGGUGCCUGAAGAAAAGAAAUACUCAAGAGUGCCCCCUGAGGUGGCGACACUCAGAAAAACAAUAACAAGCAAGGUUGAUGUUUACAACUAUGGGCUUGUUCUGCUUGAAAUUAUCAGCAGGAAGAGGCUCGAGUACGAAGAAAAUGCACAAAGUGUGUAUCUAGUGAGUCUGGCUUAUGAAUUGCAAGAGAAGCAAAGGCUUGACCAUUUGAUUGAUAGAACACCAGAAGGAUUGAACAUGAAACAAGCCAAAAUCAUCUUGGAGCUGGCAAUGGUGUGCAUCAGGCAAGUACCAACACUCAGGCCUACCAUGCCCGACGUUGUUACCGUACUCAAAGGAGAGAGAAGUGUAGAGCAGAUUAAAAAAGCCAUCAUUGGCUCAACUUGAUUUGUAGUCUUGGUUUUGUGGGUUCAGCUGGGGUUCAUGUCUCUUUCUUCUGUUUAAAGCAUUGGAGCUUUCCUUGUGUUUAAUACAACUCUGGUUAAUGUUUCUAAUUUGUGUUGUUAAGUUGGUUUAGUGAGUCUUGUCUUGUAUUAGUGUUAACGUUGUUUAAGUUGGUCAUUUUUGUGUUUGACUAUUUGUAUUUGUAUUUGUUUGGCUGGAGUCUUGUAGUGUUAAAUAAAAAGAAGAUCAGUUUUAGAGACAGAAAGCUAUUUUCUGGAACUUUUCUUUGUAUCUUCAUCAAUUGCUCUGUUUUGAUAGCUGGAACUGCAAGGUUAUUUGUUGGUUUUAAGUGCUUUUGGAAUCUACAGUGGUAUACUAUCGGAGCAUUCUUCUUGGUGGACUUGUGAUGCGAGAGGAGGAGAAUCUACAGCUCGAGAGUUUUUGAAGAAGCUCAAGGUCAUGUCAGCCUCAUCUCCACCUUCUCCGCGCGUCUUCAACGGUGAGGGCUACGAUUUUUCAUGUGUAAAAAUGAAAGCUUUUCUCGUGGCUCACAACCAGCGGGAGGGUACGAAUGCAAAAUGGGUAAUGGAGUUUGAGGGGGUUAUUGAAAAGUUUUCAAAUAUCAGAUGUCUACAUCGUCAGCAGCAAAGCCUACGAAAAUGCAUGGAUUGGAUUCUCACAGGUGCUUGUUCUAUUUCUGGCCCAGUGGCCCAACUUUUAAUGAAGAUCCAUAUUCAAUCUAAUCUUGGCCCAACUUUAAGAUGGCCGAAAAACAAGAGCCUAGAAAGUAGAAAUCUCUAUGCUCCUCCUUCGUCAACCAAAGCAACCUUUUCUUCCUUCUUAAACUCCUCUAAUCCUUACAUGGUAUAAUGUACAAAUUCGAACUUUCUACCAUUCAUAAAAGUGAGAAAAUAUGCAUUAAUUCCAAAACUCUUUAACCGGUG